AGAGUGGACGGUUAUCAGGAAACGUUACCACACAAGAAUAUAAUAUUCGUUAACACCACUGGUCUGAUAUUCACUAUGACAUCACACGGUACAGUACCGUUUACCAUUCUUACGUGUGUCACCGUUGCUCUGGUGCCUGGCGACGAUGCAUCAAUGACGACAAUGCCAUCUUCUAUGGACACGCCCAUCCCAAUUCCGAUCAUGGACUGGCAAGAUCCCCGCCCAUUUCGUGGUUUUGGCCGUGUAUUCCGACCCUCCCGAUGCCUGAUGGGGUGUCGGUUUGGCAACGCCCCGUCUGACUGUACGUGUCCACGUCGACCAGAAUAUACCUGUGCUCAAUUGAAAUGUACAGAUGACAAGGUGUGUAAGGUGUUGUUUGGCCGAUUCCCCCGCUGUGUUAGAGAACAGGCAGGUAAGUCGCACAGCGUCUCCAAAUGAUCGUAGCUUAACGAUAGUA